UUUACAACUACACUUGGUUGUAGUUCAGGUGCCAUCGUCUUCUGAUCAAUUCAACAUGGAGGAGCAGGUUUAAUAACGGUUCAGGAUACUCUGAUGGACUCCGACCAAAUCACCGGGGUGUUCGGAAAGGUCAGCGGCCUCCCUGUUCCUGUUGCAGCUCAUGUGCGCGAGGAGCAGCAGCCGGAAGCCCGGAUCUACACGGUGACAGCAGAGUGGAUUCAGAGUGACCUGGUCCGAUGCUCCAGAUUUCGCUUCUCGCAGCAGUGGACUCUGAUUGCCGACAGCAACAACCACCGGAGCAUCAGGACCAUCCUCCCACCUGGACCAUGUGCACCAGUGUCUGGAGAGUUGUUGAGUGACAUUUCGCCUAAUCAAGGCCUGAGGGCUGUUGUCAGGGAGACGGGCAGCCAGCAGCUCCUAGAGAUCUGGGACCAUCAUGGCCUCAGGAAAUGCCUCAACCUGUCCGCCCUGAACAACCAUGGCAGAGUGUAUGAUGAUGCUCAGUUCGGAAGCCUGUCCUGGUCGGAAUGUGAGACCAAGCUGCUGUACGUAGCUGAGGGCAGCAGGAGCUCAUCAGGAGAACCUGGAGAAUCCACCAGCAGAAAGGACAGGAGUGUGUACUGUGAGGACUGGGGCGAGGCUCUAACCAGUAAGAGCGUCCCAGUGCUCUGUGUGGUGGAUUUGCUUCGUGGUGCAGUCGGAGUUCUGCAGGGCGUCCCACCAGACGUCUCACCUGGACAGGCUCUGUGGGCUCCCGGCGCUCACUCUGUCUUCUUUGUGGGAUGGUACCACGAACCUUUCAGACUUGGACUGAAGUUCUGCUCCAACCGCAGGUCGGCUCUCUUCAGACUCAGCCUGGACGGGCGCUGUGAAUGCAUAUCAGAGGACAAUGUCUCAGUGUCCUGUCCCAGGCUGAGUCCAGAUGGCUCCACGUUGAUCUACCUUCAGGGCAAAGUGUUUGGGCCUCACAACCAGUGCCACAGUGUGCAGCAGUUGGACCUGAAGAGCUGGAAGACCUCGACCAUGCUGGACGUUGUCAGCAGGCCCCAGGAUGGUGAGUUUGCAGGAGUGUAUGAAGCUCUGCCUUCGCACUGCUGGUCUGCUGAUGGUCAGAAGGUUGUGUUUAGCAGCGCCGUUAGAAACUGGAAGGAUGUCUUCAUGGUGGACAGAAGAACAAAGAAAGUCACUUCCCUCUCCGAUAGUAAGAGUCCGUCCCCUCCUCCCCCUCCUCCACUCCCCACCUACUCUCCUUCUUUUAUUUUCCCCCCUCCUCCUUCCUUGCCUCCCACUCCUUUCCUUCCUUCCCCUUCAUCCCCUUAUUGGUCUUUUUAUUCACCUCCUCCUCCACCGACUCCGCUGUCUCCUGACCUUCCACCUCCUCCUUCUCACUUUGUCCUAAAUUCAGCUCCCCCUCUUCCUGCUGAGUCUUACUUUCCGAACCCUCCUCUUGCCUCAUCAUCUCAUCUUCGUCACGAACACCAGAGAGAGCUGGAAGAACUCUCCGAUCUCUCUAAGGUUUACGGCAGCUGGAAGCUGCUAACCGUCCAAAGAGAUCUGAUGGUAGUCUGCUGCUCCAGCCCCAGCUCUCCUCCCACACUGAGGGUGGGAUUCCUUCCAUCAGCAGACUGUGAGACUGUGACCUGGAGAACCCUGCAAGCACCUUUCAUUACCUUCGAUUACCUUUGGACAGUCCUGAAUGUUACACCUUCAUCAGAGGAGGACAACAUAACUUACCCUGGUUUAGAUUUUGGGGCCGUCUUGGUGAAACCAUCUCGUCCCGCCUGUGAAAGCAAAACGCCUCUGGUCGUCUCUAUUCAUGGUGGUCCUCACUCCCAGUUCCCUGCAGAGUGGAACAGCACUUCAGCUGGACUGGUUGAACUGGGCUUUGCUGUGCUAAUGGUGAACUAUCGGGGAUCCACAGGCUUCGGCCAGGACAGCAUCUUGUCCCUGAUUGGUCAGAUUGGGAGCCAGGAUGUAAAAGAUGUGCAGAGGGCCGUUACAGCUGCACUGCAGAGCGACAAAACCCUCGAUCCCAAACGCUUGGCUGUGAUUGGUGGUUCCCAUGGUGGCUUCCUGUCCUGUCAUUUGAUUGGUCAGUACCCAGACUUCUACAGAGCAUGUGCAGCCAGGAAUCCAGUCAUUAAUGCUGCUACGCUGCUGGGAACCAGUGACAUAGUGGACUGGCGAUACACAAGUGCAGGCUUUCAGUUCUCAUACGACAGCAUCCCGACUGCUGAGAACCUGGCUGUGAUGUUACAGAAGUCCCCCAUCACGUAUGCAGCAAUGAUCAAAGCCCCAGUGCUCCUGAUGUUGGGUGGGAAGGACCGAAGAGUUUCUCCUCAUCAGGGUCUAGAGCUUUACAAAGUUCUGAAGAGCAGAGGGUCGCCCGUCAGGUUAUUGUGGUUCCCAGACGAAGGACACUCUUUGUCCAUGGUGGACACUCAGGUCGACUGCUUCCUAAAUAUGGUGCUAUGGCUGAAACAGCACGUCUGAGCAAAUCUUUGUAGACACUGUGACUCAGCUGUUUUGAUUCUGCUGAGAUUUUGACACAGGAUAUUGAAUGAAACUGAAACCUGUCUUUUUACUAAAACUAUGAAACCCAAUUUUGUAAAAUGUGUAAAAGCAUGCAAUAAACACCUGUGUCUAUGCAGAGCUAAUAAACUUUAAGGUUGAA